AUGGAGAAACCAUUCAUUAACAUUUGUGAUCUGGCAGAACAACAACAAGCAACUUCAGAGACUCUUGCAUCAGAGGACUGGGGCCUUAAUGUGGAAAUCUGUGACCUCAUUAAUGAGUCUGAAGAUGGCCCACGCGAUGCAAUUAAAGCAAUCAGGAAACGGCUAACCAGUCAACCCAAGAACUAUACCGUUGUCAUGUAUUCGUUAACGGUACUGGAAACUUGUGUAAAAAAUUGUGGCAAGAGGUUCCACAUUGUUGCUUGCAGUAAAGACUUUGUGCAAGAACUAUUGUUAAACUCAUUGGUCCUAAGAACGAGCCCCCAGCUGCAGUCCAAGAGAAAGUCUUAUCUCUCAUCCAAGCGUGGGCCGAUGCAUUCCGUCACCAACCUGAGCUUUCAGGAGUUAGUCAGGUAUAUGCAGAUUUAAAACACAAAGGAGUUGAAUUCCCAAUGACCAACCUGGACACUAUGGCUCCUAUUAUUACACCACAACGGGUA